UGAUAGUUUAAGAAGAGUAAGACCGCUUCACACCAACAAAAAUGCCCGGCAUAUACGGAGGAGAUGACAUCUCCGCAAUCGUUUUGGAUAUCGGUUCAUCUUCCACUAGAGCAGGAUGGGCUGGUGAAGAUACGCCUAGAGCAUUGAUUCCUACCAAUUAUGGUUGGCUACCGGCAAAAGAAGGCGAAAAGACAGGAGGAGAUGAUGAUGAUGUACAAAUGGAAGGUGUUGAAAAGAAUGGAGAGGAAAAAGCGGACACGAAUGGAGAGACAACAAAUGGAUCUACGACAAAAAAGGCGAUCUCAGAUUGGGAACAACAGAAGCAAAAAGUUGAAAGUAGAAGAAGAUUCGUAGGUGAUGCAGGAGUGAACGUUUGGCGUCCAAAUAUGGAGAUCGGUAAUCCGCUGGAAGAUGGAAUCUUAACAUCUCCUGCUUCUGCAUUAGCAUUGGCAAGGUAUUCUCUGGACGAAGUGUUGGGAUGCGAUGCAAGUGAACAUCCCCUCCUACUCACAGAACCAUCUUGGAACUCAAAAGAGGCAAGAGAAGAAUUGACACAAUUCGCCUUCGAAGGUCUCGGUGUUCCUGCAUUCUAUUUGGCCAACUCAACAGUUUUGAGUUCCUUUUCGGCUGGGAAGCCCACCUCUUUGAUCGUUGAUAUCGGUGCUUCUCAAUCUUCAGCCAUUCCUGUUGUGGACGGCUUCAUAUUGCGAAAGGGAAUUCAGAGACAGGCUGGCUUGGGCGGAGAUUGCAUCUCUCGCGCCUUGCUGUAUGACCUGACUACAGCUGCACCAGCCAAUAGUCAUCGCCAAGGCGGCUUAGUCGACAUCAUUCCACACUAUCUCGUCAAGAGCAAAGCACCUACAGUGGCAGGAGCCAAACCGCCUGCUAAGCUACGCGAAGAUCGAAUCGAAAGUACGACUGAUUCAUUCAAACAAUUCCAAACAAUGCGCAUCUUACACGAAGCAAAGGAAACGUUGGCACAAAUUUUGGAAGAACCAUGGAACGAACAGCAAGCAGCUGCCAGACCUUUACGCAGUUUCGAAUUCCCAGACGGAUUCAAUGAUAAUUACGGAAUCGAACGAUUCAGAGCUCCAGAAGUUUUGUUCACUCCACAGAUAUUCGAAGGUGUAGGAGAUGUCUUACCUCCUACUUCGUCAGGACAACAGUCUCACAAGUCAAUUAUUGAUUUGAUCAUGAGUGCGAUCGAAUCAACUGAUGUUGACUCGCGUGCCGCUCUUCUACAAAAUAUCGUUUGUGUAGGUGGCUCAUCCAUGAUUCAAGGUUUCAAUGAUCGUCUUUCGUACGAGCUUGGACUGAAGUUACCAGGUCAAAAGGUCAAGAUUCACUCACCAGGUAAUGUUAUCGAGCGGAAGUUCUCUUCUUGGUUGGGUGGAAGUAUUCUGGCUAGCUUGGGCACUUUCCAUCAAUUAUGGAUCAGUAAACAAGAAUACGACGAGCAUGGACCGAAUAUCGUUCACACUCGUUGUAGAUAGUGGAUCAUACUUUUUCUAAAAUGUGUCAACGCACACAGGUUUGGGUUAAACAAUUUCUGUAAUUGUGUACAUCUCUUGUU